GAGGAGCGGUUCAUAGCUGCUGCACAACUUAGAAAUGGGUCGUCAGUUGAGAAACAUGAUUUUAUAUUCAGUUGGGAAACUGUUUGAUGCUGAAAACGUCUUUGAAUUUAGCUUUGCAGGAUCUGAGGAAACUUGUGCGUGGUGGAGAAGCUUGGACGCAAAUUAGUGCAACACUGCAACUCACUGGAAAAGAAGGACAAAGAGACAUAAGAGGUGUAGCUGUGUGUUGUUCAUCCAAACCGUUUAUAAUGGGAAACUGCUGCUCCGAUGUUUCCUCUGGAGCUGGGGCUAUAGCUGGCGUUGGUGGAACUGCUGCUAUCUCCUCCGCACGCGGCACUACUAACGAUGCCGUUGAUUACUAUCUCAAGUCUCGAGGUUUCAACGGCCUCUUCUCUCAUAUCGAGCUAUCGUUUUCUGCUUCCAAUUUGCGAGACCGUGACGUGCUUUCCAAGAGUGAUCCUAUGGUGGUUGUCUAUAGAAAGGAAAAAGAUGAGACACUUUCGGAAGUCUACCGCAGCGAAGUUGUUUUGAACUCCUUAGCUCCUAAAUGGAUUAAGAAAUUUACACUCGCGUAUCAUUUCGAGACUGUCCAGACAUUCUUGUUUCGUGUGUAUGAUGUUGACACUCAGUAUCAAAAUUCAAAAGAGGAGAUGCUUAAGCUUGACCAACAGCAAUUUCUUGGUGAGGCAACAUGUGUAUUGUCUGAGAUAAUCACAAAAUCAACUAAGACGAUUACAUUAGAGCUCAAGCGUAAAGAAGGCGUUACCGCACAGACUCAGCAUCACCAUGGGAAGCUUAUUAUCCACGCUGAGGAGUCCCUUGCUUCUAAGGUUACAACAGAGAUUGUAUUCAGAUGUUCUAGUUUGGAAUCUAAGGAUCUUUUCUCAAAAAGUGAUCCAUUUUUGGUGGUAUCAAAGAUUGUGGAGCAAGGAACUCCAAUACCAGUGUCUAAAACUGAAGUCCUGAAGAACAAUCUAAACCCUAUCUGGAAACCACUCUUUCUAAGUGUUCAACAAGUCGGUAGUAAGGACAGCCCACUGAUAAUAGAAUGCUCAGACUUUAAUUCCAAUGGCAAACACAGUCUCAUCGGAAAAGUUCAAAAAUCGCUUUCAGACUUGGAGAAACUUCAUUUGGCUGGCCAAGGAAUCAACUUGUCUUUGCCUACUACUGGUGCUGGACAAAGCAAGGUAUUAAAGAGCCAGCUUUUUGUGGAGAAGUUUACAGAGACUGUCCAGCACACAUUUCUAGAGUACUUGGCCUCUGGGUUUGAAUUAAGCUUCAUGGUAGCAAUCGAUUUCACAGCAUCAAAUGGAAAUCCACGCCUCCCUGAUUCUUUGCACUACAUUGAUCCUUCAGGGCAUUUAAAUGCUUACCAGAGAGCAAUAGUGGAUGUUGGAGAAGUAUUGCAGUUUUAUGACUCAGACAAACGUUUCCCUGCCUGGGGAUUUGGAGCUCGUCCAAUUGACUCUCCAGUUUCACAUUGCUUUAACCUCAACGGAAGCAGUUCAUACUCUGAGGUGGAUGGGAUUCAAGGAAUCAUGACUUCAUACACAAGUGCGCUCUUCAACGUCUCUCUAGCAGGGCCUACCCUUUUCGGUCCGGUGAUAAACUCCGCUGCAAUGAUAGCUAGCCAGUCUCUAGCUCAAGGUUCACGGAGAUAUUACGUCUUAUUAAUCAUCACAGAUGGUGUAAUAACUGACCUUCAAGAAACAAAAGACGCAUUAGUCAGUGCAUCGGAUUUGCCGUUAUCAAUCCUCAUUGUAGGAGUUGGAGGAGCCGAUUUCAAAGAGAUGGAGAUACUAGACGCUGAUAGAGGUGAACGGCUAGAGAGCUCGAGCGGGCGUGUGGCGUCACGUGAUAUCGUUCAGUUUGUAGCACUACGAGACGUUCAACAUGGAGAGGUUUCUGUAGUACAAGCGCUACUUGCUGAAUUGCCUUCACAGUUUUUGACGUAUAUGAGAAUCCGUAACAUGAAGCCAGUUCCUCUGUGAAUACGAUUUGUCAUGUGUGUAAAUGAUUUGCCAAAGGAAAGUGUACAUAAUAAGUAUAUACAUUACACGGUGCAAUUACAUUGGCUUUUUUUCGUUGUGUUUCUUCUUUUUCUGAAUCUUGGAUGUAAAAAAUUUCGACGAAUGAAGCAAUUUGUAAUGCCAACAAUGGAUUGGUUGUGUUUUGAAUACAUUAUAAAUGCAAAUGAUUUACGUUUACA